AUGCUCGCGCGUUGUUCUUGCUUGACAAGACGACUGCCACACUCUCGGACUCUCCGCGCCUGGUCAACAGUCGCCAUGAACUCCCGAAGCGACCGCGCCCGGCCCACGACCCUCGACGACGCCCUCUCCCGGAUUCGAGAGCUGGAGGACACGCUCGAAACUGCAAGACAGAUCUGGCGCGCAGAAGGGAAGGGUGAAUUGGAGGAGGCGUUCCGGCGGCAUCGCUUGGCUGGACAGACGGGAGCGGACGGACAGGCUUCGUCGUCGACCGCGGCAACUCCCUCUUCCUCCUCCACUGUGCGCGGUCCUGCGCUUCCCGACAGCUCUCACUCUUCAUCUGGACUCGAAAACCAUACAGCGCCCAGCGCAAACUCCGAAACGACCGAAGACCCCUCUCCCGCCGCCGCAGAACCCGUCGACAUCGGUCCCUUCGUCCUCCGCGCUCUCUCCCUACGCAAAUCGGUCCAAGUCGGCGCAACAGACGUGGAGAAAGUAGAGGAAGAGUUCGAGGCGAUAGUGGAAGGUGCGGGGUUGUCGGAGGAGCAGGUGCGGACGUUGAGGCAGUGGGCGGGGUUGUAA